AUCCAAUCUGAUUCUAUCCUAACUUUUGACUGUCCAUCAAACUAUAACUUCGUUCUAGAUAAACAGCCCUUUCGCCUUGAUUUCCAUUUCGAUUUCGAUAUCUUUCUCCAAUAUCAGAGCUCCAUUCAAAGACACGAUCGCGAAAAGUGUGAGACUCUUGUUCGCUCGAUUUCGCUCAUUCGCUCACCUUGCAAACCGAUCAUCAACGCGUUUUUCGAUUUCCAUAGCUGAUUUAACGAGUUUGAGCAUCAAAUCAUUCAACAUACAAUCCCAUGCACGAAAAAAUGCAAUCAAACCCACCUCAACCUUCACAUCCAAACCAAGGACCAUUAAUCUUAGAAGACCAAUCAAGACCAUCGAAACCCACCCUGAAAUCAAACUUCAGCAGAUAUUAUAAUCAAAUCAGUUCGAUAGAUAUCAGACCUAAUUUACCAUUUCACAUUUCUAGAUUUAUGGGAUAUCGUGAAUCGAAUUCGAAUUUAAAACCGAUUUGGUUAUUCACUUGGUUAAGGUUCUUACCGAUUUAUUUUGAAAACCUUUUAUCUGUUUUCUUUUGUUCAUUUCUUUCGAUCCUUUUGAUUUGUUUAACAUAUUCUUAUUCAGAUCUAUCACACCUAAAUAUUCCAUUAAGCUUAGGAUCAGCCGGAGCCACCGCUAUAAUCUUAUUCGUCACACCUUUAACCCCAACUGCAACACCUCGAAACGUAAUCUUUGGCCAUCUAAUCGCAAGUCUAACGUCUACCAUCAUCACUCGAAUCUUCAAGUUUAAUUUACAAACCACACCUAAUCUGAUUCAAGGAGAGAUGUCCCGAGACUUAAGUUGGUUAACCGGUUGUCUAUCGAUGUCACUCACCGCCGUCUUUCAAGUCAUGACAGGUACAGUCCAUCCACCCGGUGGUGCUACGGCUCUCUUAGGUGCCAUUUCACCUAACUUUGUGAAAAUCGGUUGGGAGUUUAUUUCGAUCACCUUGGUGAUGGUUGCAUUACAAUUAGCUGUGGCUUUAGUCUUUGGAAACUUGGGUAGGAAAAGGUAUCCACUUUAUUGGUUCUUUCCUCCUAAACCUGAACAUCAUGAUCAUGAUGAAGCACCUUCGGUUCGGAUUAGGAAUCCAGUGAUGGAAAAAGAUAGGUUGAAGUUGAUUGGGUCUUGGAUUCAUGAUUCGGUCAUUGAACUUGAAACAUUGGAUUUGAAUGAUCAUAGAAGAAGAUCUGAUCUGAUUAAGAAUCUAAAUCAUGCUUUGGGUUUGAUUAAUGAACUCGACUUGAAUUAAUAAAAGAUCUAUUUAACUUUAGACAAUUUGUUUUCUGUUUUCUGUUUUGAUUUGUCUUUUUUGGUUUCUUGUUGAAUCUGAUCAUCUAAAGUACUUUUGUCUUAAAAUCUUAAUAAUUUCAAUCAUAAACUUUCAUAUAUAUAAU